CCAAAGCAAGCUGAAAAGCCCUAUACCUACGGUGGAAGAAACAAAUUCCCCUACACCAUGCACACGUUAUUCGAUUCCUGUUUCAAAUCUUUAAAUUGGGCUGCUUCGUUCACGAACGACACAUCUUCAGUCGAUCAGUUAUGUGCCUGUGAAUACUGAAUUGGGAUUUGCAGCUGUAAGAGGGGCUAUCUGACUUCAGUGACAGAUACCCGCUGUUACCACUGUCAUAGCCAUUCCUGAUCUGCUAAAGCUCGUGUUAACUGCUCUGUAUCAAAUUACGUAGCGACGAGUUCCUUCACUUGGACUGCGUGAAGAACGUAUUUCGUCGCUAUGGUGAGUUAGAAUUGCUGUUCUUAUAGCGAAGGAAGUUUGGUGGAUUAACUUUACUCAGUUACUUGAUUUUCUGUACUAGAUUCGGUUUAUUCUCAUACAAAAUAGAGCGGGGAAAACACGUCUCGCAAAGUGGUACAUGAACUUUGAUGAUGAUGAGAAGCAAAAGCUUAUUGAAGAAGUUCAUGCAGUUGUUACAGUAAGGGAUGCGAAGCAUACAAAUUUUGUUGAGUUUCGUAAUUUCAAGAUUGUGUAUAGAAGAUAUGCAGGCUUGUAUUUCUGUAUUUGUGUCGAUGUAAAUGAUAACAAUCUUUGCUACCUUGAAGCAAUUCACAACUUUGUUGAAGUUCUAAAUGAAUAUUUCCAUAAUGUUUGCGAGUUAGACCUAGUCUUCAAUUUCUACAAGGUAUACACUGUUGUGGAUGAAAUGUUUCUAGCUGGGGAAAUAAGAGAAACCAGUCAGACAAAAGUCUUGAAGCAACUGUUAAUGUUAAACUCGCUGGAGUAACAUUUAAACAAGUAAAAUUGUGUUCCAAAUACUCUUUUCCAUGUGUAUGAAUGUUUGUCAUGCAUGUAAAAAUAUGUAAACAAAAUACUAUAUUGUUUGUAUGUUCGAUAUAGAAUUGUAUUCUAUAUGAUAAAUAGAUAUGUAUUGAGAGUUGUUAAUUGAAUGUUUAUGUAUUAAAGGCCAUUGAAAAUUUGAAAUCAAAUGUUUCUGUUAUAAGUAAAUCAGACCUUUCAUUGUCGAGUUGUAUUUUAGCUGGAUGCUAUAACUUUUCUUUCAACAAAUGUCAGUUUUUUAAUUCAGGAAACUGUUUACUUUCCAAUAGUUUUGGAAUUUAAAAAUAUUCAAUGAUUAAUAUAGACUAGGUGACUUGUAACAUUCAUUUAAGGGCCUCUGCGCAUGAGAGUUGUUGAUGCACACCGUAGAAUAACCCUAUUUGAUGUGAAUUGGCACAUGAGGGCUUAGGCCGUUCUGCAUGAUAGUGUUAAGUUAUAAGAAAAGAAAUAUUAAUUUUACCAACAACAUUUAGUGUAUUUACCAUUUGGAUUAUAUAAUUCUAAAGAACUGUAAGAAGUAUUGUACUUAAGCUUUGGUCAAUGGCCCUCGUCUAGAUCAAGUUUCGUCAAGUUUCCCUGAUCUUGAGCAAAUGCUGAGAUGGCCCCUCGUUUUGCUUCUGGAUAUAAAUGUAAUGUCAAAAAAAACUUCUCCCUAU